AUGACAGCGUCCAUUGUGGAUGGACUGACGCGACUGGACGGACUAUGGUAUGUCGAACAUGGGCAACGCCGCUCAACGGACGAUGACUCCCCCGAUCCGCAUCAAGCCGACAGCGAACCGUCAUUGAGCCAUCCAUCAGUUGGCAGACCCAUCUCCAGCGGUCAAGUUGUCGACCUCUGGAGAAAGCUUCGAGUCGUUCGCAGUACGAAUCACAGCUUGGAGGAGCUGCUGCGUGGCUCGCAAGUUUACAUUCCGCCGCCACCGCCAAAACCCCAACCGACGGAAGAAUACAAAGCCUUGAUGGCCCGGCUACGGCACCAAGAAGCGCAACGCGCCUACGAGCGCAUGACCAACCCCCCUCCGAAAAUCGAAACCUUCAACGAUCGCUUUCCGACAUCCGCACAGGCCUUCUCCCAAGUGAAUCGCCCCAUCGACGCCUCGGAUCUCGGUGACGACGACGUCACGCUGAAGGAUGUCCACCGCCAAGUCAUGCUCAUCAUAAACUUUCUCGUCAGCAUCCUAGGAGUAGCCGGGACGCUGUGGGUGAUUUCGCGCUGGUGGAGCUUGCCAGCUAGAAUAUUCCUCACUAUGGGUGGAAGCAUGGUUGUGGCUGUCGCAGAAGUCGCAGUCUACUCGAGCUACAUGUGGAGGAUGGAUCAGGCAAAGCACAAGCAGAAAGCUGUCAAGGAAGUCAAGCAAAUCGUCAAUACGUGGGUGGUGGGUGAGGAUGACAAGGACAAUGGUGACACGGUGCUGUUACGGCGGAAAGAGGACGAGACGGGUGGCACGGCGAGGAGAAGGAUCACGACCUUGUCAAGUUGA